AUGGGGGACUGGAACUUGUUGGGGAAGCUGCUGGAGAGUGCCCAGGAGCACUCUACUGUUGUGGGCAAAGUCUGGCUGACGGUGCUGUUCAUCUUCCGCAUCCUGGUGCUGGGAACCGCCGCUGAGAAGGUAUGGGGCGACGAGCUGUCUGGCUUCACAUGUGACACCAAGCAGCCCGGUUGUCAGAACGUCUGCUAUGACAAGACCUUCCCUAUUUCUCACAUCCGCUUCUGGGUGAUGCAGAUCAUUUUUGUCUCCACACCCACUCUCAUUUAUUUGGGCCACAUUCUUCAUCUGGUCCGCAUGGAGGAAAAGGAGAAAGAGAAAGAGAAGGAGAGUGAAAAGCAGCAGCAGUUACUUGGCAAGAACAAGAAGGCCUCAGUUAAGGAUAACACGGGCCAUGUGCGUUUGAAAGGUGCUCUACUGCGAACCUACGUCUUCAACAUUAUUUUCAAGACCCUGUUUGAAGUGGGCUUCAUUGUAGCUCAGUACUUCCUGUAUGGUUUUGAGCUCAAGCCAAUGUACACCUGCGACCGCUGGCCUUGCCCUAACGUGGUGAACUGCUACAUCUCCCGACCCACAGAGAAGACAGUCUUCAUCCUCUUCAUGCUGGCGGUGGCCUGCAUCUCACUGCUGCUCAAUCUGGUGGAAAUAUACCAUCUGGGUUUCAAGAGAUGCCACCAAGGCCUGCGCUAUAGACGGGCACAACGAGAAAAUGAGGCUUCCAAGGCCCUUAGUGAAGCCGUCAUGCCCUAUGUGCCAAAUUAUAAUUAUUAUCCUGGUCAUCCCGCCGUGCCUGAACCUUUCCCUGCCGAUUCAAAGUACAGCAUGGCAGAGCCUAACUCACCUUACAGCCCCUACACCAGCAAAGUGGUUUACAAGCAGAACAGAGACAAUAUGGCUGUGGAGAGGAAAGGUAAAGCUGAAGGAGAUGAUGUGAAGGAGAUGAAAACCUCCAGUCCUGUGUUUGAGGUGCCCAUUGAGAACCAGCGCCGAAACAGUCAAUCAAGCAAGCAUAGCACUAACAAGAGCAGGCUAGAUGAUCUGAAGAUCUAG